AUUUUCCCUCUCGUUUGUCGUGAUCGACUCCGGGUAGCCCAAAUGCCAUUCUAGCGGGGUCUAUGGGCCGCGACGAAGCGACCAACUCUGGUGGCAAAGGCAGCAGUCUCGGCGUGUCUGCCAAACGCCUGAAAGGCGGCACCAGCAAGUCCCAACACAAGCAUGUUACAGCUCUACUGCAAAACUGGGACAGAGUCACCAAGGCGCAUCCUGACCUGCGGGGCGUUCUGCUGUUACAGUCUGCAUACUCCAACAGCAAUGGAUGGGCUAGAACGCACAAUCUUGCCGGCAUGGGCCCACUGCUGAAGGCUCUCUUGGUGGAGAUAGUGGCAUCCGCCGGCGGGCGGCGGGUGACGCCACGCAUGGUUGCCGACAUUGCGGAGGGGGCGACGGCGGAGAACUUGCAGUUCCUUUUGCGAGUUCUGGAGUUUUGUACAGCUGCCGAAGUCGUGGGGGGGAAGCAUGUUGAGAUGAUGAUGAAUGCUGUCACGGGCUGCAAGCUCGACGCCCCGCCAGGCUUGGCAAACACCGCGUUCAAGUUUGGUAACAAGAUGGGCGCGACAUCCACCUUGCAGCGCACGGCAACCGGGGUGACAGAUCCAGUUGAGGAGCCUGGCUCCCCUGAGCGUGAUGCUGGCGGGGAUGAGGGUCAGCCGGAGGUCACUUCACCGCAUCGUAUGGCCCAAACAGCAGCGGCGACUAUUACCAUGCGCACAGCGGCAGCUGAAGCCACGGCUGGCGGCGGCGGGGAACCCGGGGCAACAAAGCAGGCGGGCGCGCGCACGCAAACGGGUGCCGCCGC